UUUAUAACUUUUUACCUUUCUCCUGAAAGACAAACGAAAUAAGGAUAAGGUAAUUCAAUUUUUAUGUUUCGCGUUAAUUUAUUCAUUUUUUGUCAUAUGGAAGAUCGACGAUGGGUGGAAAAUCAAUCGGUAUCAAAGAUAUACGUUUUAUAUGAAACGGAUAAUCGAUAUAUAAUUCGACACGGGAUUACUAGUUUUCACCAAAAGUGAGAGGAGAAAGAGGGUUGACCGGUGAAUGAUUUUACUUUUGCUUUUGUACCGAACCGGAUUCUAUCGCCCUUAUAAGAAAACUAUUACUGAUUAAACGCUACAUUUUUUUCUCUCAAGUAGGAAGGAUACAUAUUCUACUCUAUAGCAUAUGAAUAAUUCAAUUUUUUGCAUAAUACAUACAUAAAAUACUUUGCAUAGCUCGUACCAAGAACUGGGAUUUUUCAAGGAUCCCGAUAAAUUUUUCGUUGUCCUUUCUGUCACUGUUGGAAAUACAUUCUCAGGAUUUUUCCAUGCGUGGGAAAAAAUAUAGAAAAAUAUCAGUUGCGAUAAUUUGCACGAAAAAGGAAAUUACUAAAGAAAAAAAAAAAGAAGAAGAAGAAAAAUCUUUUGAUAAAAAUGAUAAAUAAGAAAAAGAAUAAUUACUUACUUGUUCUUUGAAAUACUAACAGCUGUCAAAAUCGAUUUGAUUUCUUCAACGGAUACUGCUUUCUUUCGAAUCUCGGUAUAGGAUCGAAAUGCUUGUUACUCGUGUAUCAUAGUUCCAGCGAAGUUUUACAGGUAGCGGAUUUGUUUCGCUCGCACGAGUGCAUGCGAACGAGUGUGCCGGUAGAAAGAACCAGAUGAUCCAGAUUAUCCUUUUACUUUGGACGUUCUUUCAGUGUUCGAGAACGAUAAUCCUUUCACCGUUCUCUCCCUCGACCGUGAAUCGUUUUCGCGGCUCGCAUUUCAGAAUCGUCGAUUGCUCUCACCAUUUUUUACAAACAGGAAAUUACAACGCGGCCUAAUGCCACUUCCUAAUGCGAUUUCCUUCUCUGUGAUCGUCCCUUUUGACCAGUGUUUGCAUAUUGGACGAAAAAAAUUGAACGAACAAUUCUUCUACUUAAUUAAAAGAAUUGGAAGAAUUAUUUUUAAAAUGUCGUAAUACGUUUGAUUGAAAAUCAUAAUCUCAUAUCCAAUGAUAACUUGUCAAUCUAUGCGCCAAAUUAGAAUGGAAUUGAUACGAUUUCGAUGAAGACAAGUGUGACGUUUCGAUUGAACGAAUAUGAUUUAUUAUUAAUUAUCACAAAUAUCUAAAAACAUAGUAAAUAAUGGUUACCGUGGAAAGAGCAGUGAACAAGUUUUCGAUCGCAUAAAAUCACAUAGAGCGCAUAUAUCAAUUUUGACACUCGUAAUUGAUCGUAUAAUUAACAUCGAAACAUCCAAGACACGAGUAAUUACGCUCAACGAAGAUUGCACGCUCGAUGAAAAGACAUAACAAGAUAAUCGCACUAUCACGAUUCAUCCUUCAAAAGGGAGAAGAGAAAAAGGCUGGAAUCAUUAUAGAGACGAGGAGGGAGAGGGAAGCUGCGUGACUGGGUCAGUUACGAAAGAGUAAACACACAAAUUCCCUUUCGGUGCAGUGCGUGGAAGAUGCAAGAGGAGAGGCUCGAUCUCGAUUGCACUUGAAGUCGAGCGUGGUGACGGAGACCGUGGUGGUGGCGGUCGUCGAACUCGCGAGAAGAGCAAGGAAGAAAAAAAGAAAAGAAAAGAAAAGAAAAGAAAAGAAAAGAAAAGGGGAGAAGCGGAGACAAGACUGGAGAACGCAAGCCAGUCGGAAAGAGAGUGCUUUCUUCGUGGAUCGGCGAUGGUGAAGGUCCUCGUAUAUAAGCAACUGCCGUUACUGCAAUUGUCAGUGUGAUUCGUCCCAUCGGAAACGCCUAUCUGCUUACACCUACGAAACCGGAUGACGAUGCGGCGAGUAUUUUUGUUCGCUUUGGCCGUGGUCGCCGCGAGGGCCUCUCAUUUCUCCUCCCUGGAAGGCCAUGGUCUCCAUUCCAGCGAGCCGAAGCUUAUCUCGCAAUCGGUUCAUCUGAAAGAAAUACCGACCAAAAUCAUCAAGGUCACGAAAACCGCGGUCGUCAAGGUGCCAGUUCCCUACCCAGUCAAGGUGCCCCAUCACAUACCCGUCCCGGUGCCAGUGAACCAUCCGAUCGCAGUUCCGUAUACGAAGCUGGUGAAAGUUCAGGAACACGUGCCGGUCGAGGUGUCCAGGCCGGUCCCGAUCGAGAUCCAUCAGCAAGUACCGGUGGUGGUGCCGAAGGCGGUCCCGGUACCGCAGCCGAUUCCGGUUCCUCAUCCUGUAACGGUGAACAAGCCUGUCUUUUAUCCGAUACCACACCCGAUUCCAUAUCAGGCGAGCCAUUCCGAGGGUGGUAUCGGAAGUGGAGCUGGUGGAUACGAUUCUGGGGAUCACGAGGGCCACGAGUCGGAGAGUUACAGCUCUUACACGGUGAAUCAACACGGCCACGAGCAGGACGUCCAAGGUGGACACUUCCAACCGUCUCAACCCGAUUACGGCUCGCAUCAUUGAACGACAAUUUUCAGAUUUCCGUUGUACAUAUACUGUUCUUUACAUACUGUUUAAGCCUGAUUUGUUAAGUUUAUGUUUUUUAAUUUUUAUGUUUUUUUUUGUUGACUCGACGUUCUUUUCUAUUUUUUCUUGUUCUUGUUCUUCUUUUUUUUUUUAUAUGAUUGUUUUAAUAAAAAUUUGUACUUUGUAAAAUA